GGCACUGCUCAGGCGUAUUGGAAGCCCUGGUUGCUUUGAUGGGAGUCUUCAGCUCAUCUGUAUUGCUGGGUCUGAUGAUGCUCGUCUUUUCUCUUGACCCUGGCUAACAGACUCUUUAACAGAGAGGCUCAGGUCAGGUGGGUUUGCUGGCUAAUCAAGCACAGUGACACCAUCGCCAUUGAAUUGAGUUUUGGUACCUUCCGCAGUGCGGGCUCGUCUUUGCAUGUGUAUGGAGCCGUUUAGCUGAUUAGUUUCUUACACCACAGCUGUCUAAUAUCUUGCCUUUUUACAAUGUUUACAUUCAUUAAGACCAACUUUGGGGGUUUCAUUAUAUGUAAGUGAUAAAUGUCGAAAUUGCAAGAAAUAAAAGUUUAGAAUAUUUUCUUCUGUGUGCAAUCAAUCUAUUUUGUGUAAAAUUUGUGCAUUUUUCCCCAAAUUCCGUUUUAUUUUUUAUUCAGUUUUUCAAUUUUACUUUUUUUGAAUUCAUAAUACUUUUACAUUUUACACUUUACCUGCAUGGAGUGUGUACUUUUGCGACAGUAAAUAAAAUGCCUUUUAAUUAAAUGCAAAAAUCCUUGCCCAGUAUUUCAGAAACGGAUGCAGCCUCGCUAACAGCUUCUGCACACAUUGCUACAAAAUCCUCAAUAAACUAUAAUGCGCGUGCUUGUGGUUAAGGGAGACCUAGUCAGGAAGUGUAGUGUGUGUAUUGAGAAUGCCUGACAUCAGCGGGCAUUGUAAAACGCUUGGAUACAAACACAACACUGUGUAAACACACACACAGCCGCACUAGCAUGCUCCGCUAAACUAACCCAGCUAGCUUCCAUUCACGUAAAUUUGAGGCCUUUUUCUGCCAACUUUUGCCAGUGUUUGAGGUUGUUGUUUGGACAUGUUGAAUCAGUGCUUGUGAUGAGAAAUGUUCCUUCUCCUUGCAAUGACAGCAUUCCAUUUACAUUAUGUCAAAAAGAUUCUGCUUUACAACAUUAAUUUUUUUUUUAUCAGCCAAUUCCAUGACUCCGCCGGCAGGCCUACAGAGAUGAGCAGGAGGCGCUGCAGUCAAUCAUGCAGGACCUGGCAGAACUCCAUCGCUCCAGCCGUCCUGCCGGCUUUCUGUCGGACCUAGGCAAACCCAAAGCCUCCUCGCCCAAGAACCUGAAUGACGUCAGAGUGAAGUUUGAGUUUAAAGGCGAGAAGAGAAUUUUGCAAUUUCGUCGGCCCAUCAAGUUGGAUGACCUGAGGGCGAAAGCUAAGGUGGCUUUCGGUCAGACGAUGGACCUUCACUACAGCAACAACGAGCUGGUGAUUCCGCUGACCGUUCAGGAUGACCUGGACAAGGCUGUGGAGCUGCUGGAUCGGAGCAUUCACAUGAAGAGCCUAAAGAUCCUCUUGGUGCUGCAGAUCUCCUCACAGAACUCUUCCUGCAAUAUGGGCCUUUUGCCUUCCUGUGAGGAGUUGGACAACACAGGAUUCCGAGUCCCAGACAAGAAGAGCAUGCUUGGAUCAUUAGGGUCUCAUUCAACGGACCGCAGCUCUCCUCCGCCUGGAUAUAUUCCUGACGCACUCCAGCAGGUGGCGAGGAACGGCUCCUUCACGAGUAUCAACAGCGAAGGAGAGUUCAUUCCAGAGAGCAUGGACCAGAUGUUGGAUCCGUUGAGCAUGAGCAGUCCAGAAAAUUCAGCCUCUGGAAGUUGUCCUUCUUUAGACAGCCCUCUGGACAGCGACUACCCAAAGUCGAGGAUGCCGAGAGCACAGAGCUACCCUGACAACCACCAGGACUUUCCAGGUGCAGAGUACGACAUCCCGGUCUUCGACAAGACAGGAAAAGGAGGCACAUACCCUCGGCGAUACGGUGUUCCCUUUGGCCUGCAAGAUUACAGUGAUGGGAGGAAGACCUUCCCUCGCGCUCGGCGAACACAGGCACACGGCCUUCGCUCUCCUGUCAGUUUCAGCCCAACGGAGCAGUCUCCCAGCACCAGCAGCGGCAGUAGCGUCUUUACCCCCGACCUGGAAGAUGCCGCUGGGCCUGCCAGGCGGCCACGAAGAGGAAGCGACAUUGAAGUCAAUCAGUCGACCACCCCAGGCUUGACAGUUAUGGACAUCAGUCCUCCCAGCCGCUCACCACGAGCUCCCACCAACUGGCGUUUGGGGAAGCUGCUUGGCCAGGGUGCCUUCGGACGGGUUUUUCUUUGCUACGACGCUGAUACUGGACGGGAAUUGGCUGUCAAACAGGUCCAGUUUGAUCCAGAGAGUCCUGAGACAAGCAAGGAGGUGAGUGCGCUGGAGUGUGAAAUUCAGCUGCUGAAAAACCUUUGUCACGAACGCAUUGUGCAGUACUACGGGUGUCUGCGAGAUACUAUGGAGCGAACGCUCUCCAUCUUCAUGGAGUACAUGCCUGGAGGAUCCAUAAAGGACCAAGUGAAGUCCUAUGGUGCAUUGACAGAGAAUGUGACACGUCGUUACACUCGGCAGAUCCUUGAAGGGGUUUCCUACCUUCACAGCAACAUGAUCGUUCACAGGGACAUCAAAGGGGCCAAUAUCCUCAGAGACUCUGUCGGAAACGUGAAGCUGGGUGACUUUGGGGCCAGUCGUCGACUGCAGACUAUCUGUCUGUCUGGAACAGGAAUCAAGUCAGUGACCGGCACCCCCUACUGGAUGAGCCCGGAAGUAAUCAGUGGCGAAGGUUACGGGAGGAAGGCUGACAUCUGGAGUGUUGGCUGCACUGUUGUGGAAAUGCUGACCCAACGACCCCCCUGGGCAGAGUUUGAAGCCAUGGCAGCGAUUUUUAAGAUUGCCACACAGCCCACCAACCCUGUGCUGCCAGCUCACGUGUCGGAUCACUGCAGGGAGUUUCUCAAACGCAUCUUUGUGGAGACCAAGCAACGUCCGUCUGCAGAUGAGCUGCUGAGGCACAUCUUUGUACAUUAAGGUGAGAGCGACUUUGCCUGACAACACACCCACCUCUAAAGCCGGACUUACUUACUGUAACCAUACUGGACCAGAUGGUUGGGUGCUUCCAGGCCUCUUUGUAUGAAACCGCUGAAGACACAAGUCUUCUCUUUUUGCACCUUACUUUCUCAAACAAGGAGGAAUCAAGCGCGAUAUGAACUCUCAGAUAACACCCCCCCCCCCCCCCCCCCAUUUUUUAACGACCCCCCUCUUCAAAUGUUGGUGUCGUUGUUGUGGACCAGACCCCAGAAUGUAGUCUCCUGCCUGUGAUGACCUGGACUUGCUGCUAAAAAAAAACCCAUGCAGACACCACCUUCCAAUCACCUGCCUUCAUCUCGCCUUCUUUUUCGGUUGCCAUCUUGCCAUGUGCCUUUUUUCAGUUUUUACAUAUUGCCUGAAUGAGUUUUGUAGUCGUUGCAUUAUAUGUCACACACAUUGGCUCCAAGUCAUGCCGCUGCCGGCGCGCACACACACACACACUCAAUCAAUCUCAUUGUCACUUUCAUACAUACAAAACAACUUUAAGACCUUGAAUGAAGCACUCAGCUGGGUUGCAGUCUAUGGUUGCUAAGUAUUUGAUCCCCCACUUUGUAAGUUUACUACACUGCAAAGACAAUCCAUAUUUUUUUAUGGUAGAGAGACAGGACUUAGAACAAAUACAGAAAAAAACAUAAAGCUGAUGAAUUUAUUUGUAUUUGAUCCUCAAUGCAAAAUGUGGCUGUGUAGUCGUUGGCAAGCUCAGAUGUUUCUUCUAGUUGGUCACCAGGGUUGCACACAUCUCAGGAGAGACGCUUUGUUUGAUAGAUGGGAUGGUGUUGUUUGUGUCAGUCUGUGUCAUUUAUCUGCCUCCAAACUGUGCUCCCAACUCCCUUGACAUCAUUAACCAGCUCCUAACCAGCUCACUUUUCUCGCAGUCGUCUUUACUCACCCUUAAAAUCUUACAGUGGUCUCCUUGCUGGUGGUCUUGAUGCCUAUUUCAGGACAGUCUUGUGCAGGCCUACAAGCUUGUCCUGGCUGUCCUUUGCCAGCUCUUUGGUCUUGCCCAUGGUGGAUUUAUGUGAUGUAAGUGUCUUUUAGCUAACAAGUAGGUUUUCUGAAUUUUAUGACAUUCGGUCUCUCUCGGUUACAAUAAACGUCAUCAGCAGGGGAUCAAAUACUUAUUUUUUGCGUACGCCCCGGUUAGCAGUGACAGUCGUGAGUCGCCAUCAGUAACACUCCCAUUGUCGCCUCUCCAUCUGGCUUGAGAUUGAUGCCUUAAAUGUUCCAGUCAGUCAGUCAGCCAGUGAGAGCCAGACCAGAGCAAGGUCUGCUUUUAAAGACCCACCCCCCCGCCACCUACCCCCAACCCACCCUUCAAAAAAAACAAUGCACACUUUUCUUGCAUCUGAUCAAACUAAAGGUUCCAUAUUGACCAUGCCCAGAACUUUAUUAAGUAUUUCACAAAUGUGAUGCCUGAUGCCUGCUGGAACCGCCACACUUUGUCUUGUAGAUUAAAUAGAUUAGUUCAACAAAGUCAACUUGGUAGGUUUUAGAGGGUGUUUUUGCCUCCAGUGGCCACAAGAUGGUACUAAAAGCCACUAAUACACCCUUGUUUCCCCUCCAUCCCGUUUUGUCCAGAUUGUUGCAUGAAAUGUACAAUUCCCCUUAAGGCACUUAACAUGCACUCUGCUUGGCACUAUAACAAAUUCUCUUCAUGCGGUCAUAGAAACUUGAGUGGCCAUGUUGUGUUUAAACCAGAAUGCACUUUGACUUUUUUAUUUUAUAUUUUCUAUAGUUUUUAUUUUUUAUUUUUUUACAAUUCCUCCUCAGCUGUUUCUUUGCACAUAACAUAACGUUUCCUCACGUGUGUGUGCGUGUGUGUGUUUGUGCGUGUGUGUUUGCAAUGAAUGCAAGUUGUCAGAUGACGUCAUUCACCACAGUGGAUUAACGUUUCACGACAUGUACGGUAUUUGUACGUGCGCGUUGACACUUAAGUGUGUGAAGCCACUGUGUGUGUGUGUGUGUGUGUGUAUGCGUGUGUAACUACUGUCUAUGCUCAGUUGGUGCCACCCAUAAUGCCUCGAGCGUUCUCAUCACGAGCGGAGGACACCAAUGAUUAAAAUCUUGUACAAAUGUAAAAAAGUGAAAUGUACCUUUUUUGUUUUUCUAAAGUCUGUUUAUGUGUGUCUUGUAAAAGAAGCCAUGUUUAUAAUUCUAAUUGGUUUGUGACCAAUACGCCUGUUUAUAUCAGAUCUGUAUAUCAGUGGUACGUAUAAUUUUUUAAUAUAUAUAUUUUUAUUUCACUUGGGAAGAUUUUAUGCAUGGUUGGUCCAGACAAAUGCAGCAGUGCCGUUAAAUUUUCUUGGCCAAAUUCUGCAGUAAUGCAACAGCUGUGUGUUCGUUAUGACGGUGAAGAAUAAUAAAAGGUAUUUAUUUCACCUGUACCUGUUUCAUUUGUACAUUUUGAAAAGAGAAACAAACAUCAAUAAUAAUA